UUCAACUUGUGUUAGGCUUGGCACAACUUCCAAACUUUUUCCUUUUAUAUAGAAAAUAUUUUUUUUUGUGGCUAGUUUAGUCAAAGAUCUUACAUGUGACACAAAACCUUGUCACCGGUACAUAAAAUUUCAGGUACAAAAAUGUAGUUGUGGGUCAAUUUUUGUCACGUCAAACCCUACUCUGGGUGCCAAAGGGUUUUGUUUUUUUCUUUUUCAGCUCGACGAAGCCAUGAUUCUGUGAGGAGCGCCCGCCGCACAUCAAGCUUCAGCGGGUUCAGCGCUCCUCGCGAAAAGCUUAUGCUUCGCUGAGUGAAACACUUUCCAAAGUUUGAAUAAGGUGAUGAUGUGACUUCCGCUUCCGGUGACAAGUCAUUGGUAGACAAGCAAUAUACAUAUACAUAUUCUUGCGGGUGAAAAUAUUCCUGAUCACAUAAAAGUUGACGUUACCACACUGUUCGCUCAAAUCUUACACGUUAUCACCACGUUGUUUUAGCUCGGGUAUUCAGUUGAGCAGUUGACUGAUCGGGAACAGGAGCGAUGGUUCGCAGUUGUUCCGUUGUCUUGACACUUGUUGCGUGUUUUGCAGCAGUCUUGCCUUUCAAUUUGGACGUUAAAGAUCCUUUCGUCUAUAAAGGAAGCUCAGGGGAAUAUUUUGGAUAUACCGUUGCUUUGCACGCGCAGCAAAAUGGCGACAACUGGGUUGUGGUCGGAGCUCCCUUAGGAAACAAGACAUCGCUCUUUCGUGAAAGAAAUAGAUACGGAAGUGUUUAUAAAUGUAAUACCGAUUCAACCAAGAAGUGUGAAGUGAUCAGGAUCGAUGACAGUGACCCCAGAACAACCACUUGGCAAGGAAAACAGGUGAAUACCGAAGAGAAAUCAGGACAAUGGCUUGGAGCAACCGUGAUUAGUACAAGUAGAUCCUCAAGCUAUGGGAAAUUACUGGUAUGUGCACCAAGGUACACCCUUCGCGGCGUCGUGAGACAUGACGAGCAGCCUGAGGAAAGAAAGCGAUUGCUCCUAGGAAAAUGCUAUGAAGUAUGGAAUGACUUGUCUUUUUCUCCCCGCACCAUUCAGCCCUGCUUUCACAACCCUGAUGGUGUAGGCGGAGAUUAUUUAGAGAACAAGGAUGGGGUAUGCGAGGCCGGAUUUAGCGCUGCAAUGUCAAAAGAUGGCGAAAUUGCGUUGUUGGGGGCGCCAGGCCGAUUCUCGGUUAAUGGUUCUAUUGCAGUCUACUUUGACAACACAAGGGAAACCAUACGAUCUUCAAAGAAUCAAGUGUUUGAUGAUUUUAGCUCUGCUAAUGCCUUUGGAUACGCAGUCGCCAUGGGGAAUUUCAAAUCACCUGACAAAGAAGAAUUUAUUGCGAGCUCAACUCGGGCUGAAAACCUUCAUGGAAAGGUUGUGGCAUUUGAAGUAGAUUACUACAACCAAAUGUCCGUAAGCUUUACACUCCCUUUGCCCAAGAACCUACAGAUGGGAAGCAACUUUGGCCAGGCACUUCUCGCUGUCGAUUUGAACAAUGAUCGUUAUUCUGAUUUGUUGGUUGGCGCUCCGUAUCACCGACACGGAAAAUACAGAGAGCACGGAGAUGAAGGAAGAGUUUAUGUUUACAUAAAUAACGGACAGACCCCCGGCACCUUAAAUCAUGUGGAAGCCAUGAGCCUGGAUGGAAGAAAAACGAAAGGCGCUCUUUUUGGUUAUGCAAUGGCUGUGGCUGGGGAUUUAAACAGGGAUGGUUUUCCAGAUGUGGCUAUCAGUGCACCUUAUGGAGGGAAAGAUCAGGGGGGUGUAGUAUUCAUCUACUUUGGAACUAAAGAUGGCAUCGAAACGUCGUAUAGACAGGCAAUUGAAGCAUCUGAUGUUUCUCCCGGUGUGAAGACUUUCGGAUUUUCGCUUUCUGGUAAUUUGGAUGUUGACAAAAAUGAAUAUCCAGAUCUCGCCGUUGGUGCGUAUUCAUCAGACAGGGCCUUCCUACUGAGGGCCCGUCCAAUCGUAGAAAUGGACGGCAAGAUAAUCUUGAGUGCGACGCAGAUUUCGCUGGAAGACAACAAAACCAUGCGAUUAGCAAGUGACGGCAUUUCGCGUAAAAGCGUCAAUGUGACUGUGUGCUUGAAGUACAAGAAUCAGAAGCAAUCCUCUGAAAUGCGAAAUGUGACUUUUACAGUAGAGCUGGACAAUGAUCGGUUAACAGAUGAUCAUGAUUUACGCCGAAUGUUCUUCUUCCAAGAUAAUAAGACUUCCUUUUCGAUCACACGGCAAAUAUCUUUGACGAAAGAAAAUGAAUGGUACUGCAAGUUUCUCGACAUAGCGUAUUUAAGGGAAAAGGAGCAACUUCAAAACUUGGUGGACCCGUUAACAUUUGACCUGACCUACGACCUCAAGACUUCCUCGUGCACUCUGUGUCCAAUAUUGAACAACUACAAUGACAUCAGUCAACGGUCCUUUAGAGCUGUGGUUGGCUUUGUCAAGAAGUGCGGAAACGACAAAAUCUGUGAACCUGACUUAUCUAUCAAAGGAGAAGUGAAAUUUGGCGAUGGGAGUCAAAAGGAGCUUCUCAUUGGUGGUGUCAAAGAAAUUACCGUCAUGGUGGAAGUGGAGAAUAAGGCACAAGACGCAGCCUACCCGGGAAAGGUCAUCGUGACGUAUCCAUCUGUAAUCGACUACGUUAGCAGUCAGGAAGUGUCUUGUUCCACGGAGACGAAAGAUGACGGGAAACGAAAGGCUGAGUGUACUGUCGGCAAUCCUUUCGAAGGAAACCAGAAAAAACAAUUCGACAUUAUAUUCAACACUCAAAGAGUCACUGGAAACAUAUCUGAGUUUACUAUCCAUCUUGAGGCAUCAAGUGACCUCACUCAGGACGCGGACCUCUCCAAUAACGAGUAUACACUCCCAGUUGCUGUCAGAUUUGAAGCAGAUAUGAAUAUUAUCGGAUUUUCUAAUCCAGAUCAAGUCGUGUACGGUGACAAAGUUACAGAACCGAUCGAAAGCGCUUACGAUAUUGGACCUGCAGUAAAACAAACCAUAACGGUGCGCAACAAUGGACCCAGUCCUAUCGAGUUCUCAGAGGUGACAAUUUUAGUUCCGUUCAAAUAUAACAAGGAAGAAGAUCCAAACUAUUUGUUGUACUUGAUGGAAGUCCAGGUUCUUGGAAAUGCUGGAAGCUGUAAUGUGAAGACCAAUUAUAAGAGUCUGCAGCGUAGUACCAAUUCCAGUGAGCAGGUUGGUCAAGAGUCCAGUUCCUCCGCGGACAAAUCAAGACGUGAGGUCGAGAAGUCAAAUGUCGAACUGCCUUGUGAAUCUGAUAGCGACAUGACUUGCCUCAAGGUUCCCUGCUAUCUGGGAAGAAUGAGGCGAGGGGACCAAGUGAAGAUACAAAUGAUGUCCCGUCUCUGGCAGAACACCCUUAUCAAGGUACUCGAUUGGUCAGAGAAACUGCGCCUUUCGCUGCUUGAAAAGGAGCAACUUCAAAACUUGGUGGACCCGUUAACAUUUGACCUGACCUACGACCUCAAGACUUCCUCGUGCACUCUGUGUCCAAUAUUGAACAACUACAAUGACAUCAGUCAACGGUCCUUUAGAGCUGUGGUUGGCUUUGUCAAGAAGUGCGGAAACGACAAAAUCUGUGAACCUGACUUAUCUAUCAAAGGAGAAGUGAAAUUUGGCGAUGGGAGUCAAAAGGAGCUUCUCAUUGGUGGUGUCAAAGAAAUUACCGUCAUGGUGGAAGUGGAGAAUAAGGCACAAGACGCAGCCUACCCGGGAAAGGUCAUCGUGACGUAUCCGUCUGUAAUCGACUACGUUAGCAGUCAGGAAGUGUCUUGUUCCACGGAGACGAAAGAUGACGGGAAACGAAAGGCUGAGUGUACUGUCGGCAAUCCUUUCGAAGGAAACCAGAAAAAACAAUUCGACAUUAUAUUCAACACUCAAAGAGUCACUGGAAACAUCUCUGAGUUUACUAUCCAUCUUGAGGCAUCAAGUGACCUCACUCAGGACGCGGACCUCUCCAAUAACGAGUAUACACUCCCAGUUGCUGUCAGAUUUGAAGCAGAUAUGAAUAUUAUCGGAUUUUCUAAUCCAGAUCAAGUCGUGUACGGUGACAAAGUUACAGAACCGAUCGAAAGCGCUUACGAUAUUGGACCUGCAGUAAAACAAACCAUAACGGUGCGCAACAAUGGACCCAGUCCUAUCGAGUUCUCAGAGGUGACAAUUUUAGUUCCGUUCAAAUAUAACAAGGAAGAAGAUCCAAACUAUUUGUUGUACUUGAUGGAAGUCCAGGUUCUUGGAAAUGCUGGAAGCUGUAAUGUGAAGACCAAUUAUAAGAGUCUGCAGCGUAGUACCAAUUCCAGUGAGCAGGUUGGUCAAGAGUCCAGUUCCUCCGCGGACAAAUCAAGACGUGAGGUCGAGAAGUCAAAUGUCGAACUGCCUUGUGAAUCUGAUAGCGACAUGACUUGCCUCAAGGUUCCCUGCUAUCUGGGAAGAAUGAGGCGAGGGGACCAAGUGAAGAUACAAAUGAUGUCCCGUCUCUGGCAGAACACCCUUAUCAAGGCGAAAGCAGGCUCACUAAACCUCACCACAACUGCCAAAGUUGCCCCGCCAUCUUCUGUGAGUGAACCAAACGAAAAAGACAACGUUGUUAAGAUUGGUCUCACUGCUAAUCCAAAGACCACUCCAAAAGGCGCAGGUGGAAAAGUGGCCGCUUGGAUAAUUAUCGUGUCCGUCCUAGGAGGCCUGCUGCUUUUUUGCCUUGCAGGAUUUGCUCUCUACAGGUUUGGUUUCUUCAAACGGAAACGCCACAACAAAGACGAAGUGACCGAAGAAGAAAUGACUCCCAUGAAAACAACGACAACCCAGGCCUAAGUCAAUGUUAAGAAGAUAGAAGGUUGUAGUUAUAUGACAGGGAUAUCUUCGUAUACGUCCUUGGGUUUGUGGUUUACAUGGCCAGCCAAGAUUUGUCAACCCUUUCCAGCUACAGUUAGUCUGUUAGAAUUAGAACAAGUGUGUCGAUAAUGUAGUAACGUUUGAAAUUGGUCAUGUGAAACGAGAUAAGUCCUGGCGCACAGAUAGUUUUGAAAGAUUUUGUUCUAGUUUUGCGAAUGGUAAGAACCAUAUUGAGUUUACUUUUCGUUAGACCUGUUUCUAGUUAGCAUAUAAAUGUAAUAUAAAGUUUCGUUGUUUUUGCAAGGAGACAUAACUUACAUAUUUUUACAAUUUAGUUAGCUUUUUCUCUAACCGUUUAAAAGCGGAAAGUUCCAAGCUAUUUAUUUAAAGAUACAUUAGAUUAAAAAAGUGAGCGCGUUCAAGUCGUUAGAUGUAAUAUAUCAAAGUUAGAAAAGAGAAAGAGGUUAAUAGGCUCAGUAUUUUCAAAAUGACUUUGGUCUUUCUCUAAAAUGAAAUUAGGUGUAAUAUUCUUUCUUACGAAAAUGUUUGAUUUCCACGAGUUGACUUUUGAAUUAAGUUCCUUUUCAUGUUCAAGGUUUCGCACCAGGACUCGUUUUGAAACAGAGGCAAAAAAGUCCUAAAAAUAGUCUAUCCCAUAUUUACUUUGAAGGCCUGUAUAUAUUAAAUUUCAAGAGGUAAAUAAAUAAGUUAUCAAAUUACUA